GGGGGCGCGGGCGGGGGCGGGGGCGGGCCGCGGCCGCGCAGGUUAAAACGGACCGGCCACUGGCCACUGUAUCAGUUGUCCUGUGCUGCGUGCGUCGGCUCGUGAGAACGAUCGGUCCGUGAAUCCAAAAUGCAGAUCUCCACUAAGUACCUGUUUGCCUGCUUGCUGGCCCUGGUUUUCCUCUGCAGGGCGUCAUCGGCAGCCUCCGCCUGUUACGGCAUUAGAAACGUCAACCCCAAAGACUGUUCGUACGGCGUUAUCGAGUACUGCGGGAAAUACAUCUGCGCAAAGGGUACCGGCGCAAAGUGCAGCAACAACCGCAACAGCCCGUUCCGCUGUGGCACCGGCAACUUCUGCUUGUGCGGCCGCUGUCAGGGCUGCUCACUUCACAACGUGAGCGACUGCUACCAGGAGACAACCAACUGCUUCAGCAAGUGAUGCAGCCGACUGGUGGAAAAUCUCCGGUCGGCGCGGCGGCGAGGCGGGGUAGCAGGCAGCCAGCGCGGGACAAGAUGAGCUCGCGCCUUUACUGAUCUCAGCACGGCGGCAGACCGCUGCCGGCAACUGCAGCGGCGGCGGCCGCAGCACACGGGCCGACCCGGAUGACCAAAGCGCGGCGCAGGUGUUCGCCGUGUCGGUACUGGCCCACCGGCCAGCUGGCAGCCUUAAAGACGACUGUGUCUCUGUGGAAUGUCUUAUUGGUGCGUCGACUACAUUCCACUGUUUUUCUGUGGUAUUUUGUCCUUUAUUGUACUUCUCUAGCGCUCAUAAGCCAUUGAGCGCAGAGAACGUCGGGACAGCCCCGUCCCGUGGACGAGAAUAUCUUUAUUUAUUUGUGAUAUUGUUGGUCUAGCUGUUGCACAACAAAGAUGCUGUUGACAUGACAAAUAUACAAAUGAAAUCGUUUUAAUUGACGUUGUAUUCUCUCUCACCGAAAAUAGGGCAAAAGCGGAUGUAAGAAAAAUGCAAGGUUCGGGAUCUGGACCUCUAUAGACUUCGGUGUUGCUGUAUAGGUACCCGCUACUUACGAGUAUACAUAAACCGUAUUCGCUCUACACGCACAUUGUGCAUAACAUCGAUACAGAAAUAUACUCAAUACACA